CUCAUUCCGUCCAACACGGUAGUUACUUGGGUAACCCAAUACACCGACAUUAUCCCUGGGCUUCGCUUGCUUCACUUAAAACCACCGACUAUUAGGAGAAUAUGUGUCGCUGAUUUAUGCAUCUCAUUCCCAACAUUCUGCACAUGUACCUGAGUGUGUACACCGAUUCAAUUUCUGUUCUUUUAUUGGUGUAUCUGUACGGAGACUCCGUGGUGGUAAUCGUACUGUAUCCGGAGUGGGUGUUCAAUCGGUCCGGAGUAGACAAGUGCAUUUGUAUCGUGCUCCGUAGGCUAGAGUCUAAUCUCACGGUUAUUCUAGACCUUUUUCGUGAAAUUCCACCGCAACGGUAUUUGUUCCGGAGUAUGUACGGAUUCUGCAUCGUGUUGGCUGGAUAUAUAUUUCCGCCCCAUGCACAUUAUUCAUACCUAUAACAUGCAAAGUCCCUCUUUCCCUGGUCAUAUGAACUAUACAAGCACACCAUAACCCCCUAUUAAUCUACAUACGCUGUCUAUUCCGUAAAUCAGAAUUGAACACAUGGAGAAACCCAAGAACGACGACUGAAACAUCACCAAAACAAUACCUCAUGGCUGCAACGUGAACCAUGUUCCUGCCAUUUCC